GCUAACUAUGGCAAAAGCUGCUCCUGUUACUGCUCUCCGGAAAGCGCUUUAAUGUUUGUUUACUUCUAAACAACGACAUAAAUUAACUUAUAUAUUAAAAAAAAGAGCAAAAGAUUAUUCGUUUGAAUUCGUCAGCGAACCCCGGCAAGUUCAUUUAUACGUGUAUUCUUCUGAAUUGACAAGUAAGUUUUCAUGACAUUGCGUUUGUCAUGGUCUGUGUAGUGCGUCAGGCAUGUCAUUUUUAAAUCGGUGUGAACUUGAUAAUUUAAUGCUUGUGGUUUUGAAGUAGGCGUACUUGUUAUCUUUUAAUGCGGCAAUAGAUCACAGUUUACUGGAAAUGAGUAGUAAAACUAGACCUCCUGCACUGGACCAGGACAGCUAUUUUGACAGCACUGUAAAGAUGCCGGUUUCAGGGGUGUUAAGUAAGUGAGUGAAACGUUUUCUUAAGUAUUAAUGUGUGUAAUUAGUAUUUCAGAACUUUUUAUUGUAGUUUCAAGAUUAAAUACAUCAACACUUUUUUUUUAUUGAUAGCAAUUUUGGACUUCCAGUGUUCCAAAUACAUAAUUUAUCAUCACUUAAAUCUUAAAAAAAAAGAAGAUUAAGUCUUUCAAAUGGACCUCUUACCAUUUCUAUUUAAAUUCGAAUUAAAACCAAUUUGUCCUGUGAAGAGAUUUGUUGACAAACACUUAAAAUUUUAUUGGUAAAAAAACUGACAAACUUAACUUUAAUGUAAAGAUGAUAUCUAGAACUAUAAUUUAUAUAACCAGAUCCUGCUGAAUCAGUGGAAAUUAACAUUUAAUGUAACAGGUCAUAGGUUUCAUCCUUGGUGGUAACAGCCUUAACUAAAGACAUUAUGAAAAUCAUAAUUAAAUGUGGAAAUGUUUUGACAGUUCCUUAAUUAAAGUAUAAUUUCACAAUCCUUUUUACACCCCUGUUCGGUGAAUUUGAUACUUUUUACCACCAUGAUUAGUUCCCCAGACUUGGUGGGUUUCACUAAAGAAACAGAAUUCAGUGAAAUAGUCAUAGACCCAUCAGUACUUCCAGAGGAACUGUCGGUUCCUUUGUAUCCCUACAAUGGGGACACCACCCCAUGGUCCAAGAUGUCUGGAGCUAAUUUUACGAAGGACUUUAUCCUUUUAUCAGAGUUUUCAGAGCAAGUUGGUCCCCAGCCUUUGCUUACAGUUCCCCCUGAAACCAAGGCUUGUGGGACAUUUGAUUUGAACCACUUCUCCCUUCGGAUCAUGUCAGUGGACUAUCAGACCUCGCUCACCGGCCCGGCAGGUUGUGGCUCUUUGAAACUAAACUUUGUAGAAGACUCAAAGGUAGUUUUAGGAGAUUCUAGAGAAGGAGUGUUUGCUUAUGUCCACCACCUUACACUUUACGACCUGGAGGCUCGAGGGUUUGUGCGACCUCUCUGCCUUGCCUAUGUGUCAUCUGAUGAGAAUAAAAUUAUACAGCAAUUCCAGCAGCUUGCCGCAGAGUUCUCCAAAGUCUCUGAAUGUCUGAAAACAGGGAACAGGAAGAACUUCGCAACGGAACUGGAGAUAAAACUGAGAGAUUUGGAGUAUACAAGAGUCGUGUUACUUGGAGAAAUAGAAAGAGAGUCAAAUAAUGCAUCUGUAAUGUGUGCCAAUGAAAGGGAAUGCACGUUAAAUGGUAUACCUACAUUAGAUGUGAAACUGAAAGAGAAAUCACUAUCUCACAAAGAUGAAAUCAAAUUACAAGGGAAAGGCACAUGUGAAAUUUCAAGAAAGGCAGAAGUAGAGUGUGAAAAAGGGAAUAGGUCUUGUAUAACUUAUGACAGAGAUGAACAGUUUGGAGGAAGAAGGAAGAACAAGCAGGAUAAAGGAUCUUGCCCAACACCAUUGCCCAACAAAGUUGAUGAACUGGCCAAUGUAGAAAAAUCAAUUCAAGAAUACAAAAGCCUUCUAAAACAGGUCACUUGCUUCCGAACUAGGAAGCUUAGAGACUCUGAAUAUUCUCCUUAUGAACCCGAAGACCUUCCUCAUUCUUUUGAGUUUGACCUGGAUGAUUUAAGGCAUGCUGGGCCAGUGCUAGAAUGUAAUAUUUUACCUUGCACGGACAUACCCUCACAUUCUCUGAAGCCAAUUAACAACAUUUCAUCUUGUCGAUUUGACAAGCGUCUGAAAACUCUCGAAGAGUUGUGUGAUUGCUACUUCCACCAACAAGCUCUACAGCAACUCAUCUCCAUUGAAAAGUCAUUCAGAGGAGACGCCUGCCAUCUCUACUCACAGCAACUUUGCCAUGAUCUUCUCUGCAACCUCCAAUCUACCAAUUUCUUAUUUGAGGAUUCAUGUGACUUGGAAGAGGAAGUGGGGUUGCAGAUUGGAAUAGCUGGUCAGAAUUCAGUCCGACAACCCUUGUUUCUUCCUGCACCAUCAAUUUUUAGUGAACCUGUCAGUCUUGAGUCAUAUGUCUCCUGUGUUGAAAUGGUGCCAAUCAAACUAGAGCUGGGUGGAUCUAGCCAAUCUCCGGCUGUACCCAGCUCUGUAAAUACCCCAGCCAAGGAUAACCGACCCCCAAAAUCCUAUGGAGUAGAGACUGAAAUGGAAAAUGGGGGUGUAGUUUCAGCUUCAGAUUGCCAAGAAAAUGUGGAAAUGUGUGUUUCAGCUUUGAUGAAGACCAGUAUUAGUAGUGGAGAUAGUAUUGAGGUCUUAGGGACAGAGAAGUCCUUCAGAUCCCAGGGUUCAAAUAUACUAAUGGAAACAGCACUGCAAAGACCUCCACCUUGGUCCACUACAACCAUGCUAGAUGGUCUGAGGCAAGGGAGGGUAACUACCAUACGGACUUGUAGUGAAGACAGCAUUGAGGUGCUCUGCACAACGGAAUCAAUCCUACCAGAAGACCUGCGUGCUUCAUACCCUUGUGCAAUUGAUGAAGAAAGUCCAGAACAAGAGACUGUUGAGAAAAAAAUAUCUCACAAACAAGAGGACAAACAAGUUGAGUGUGUUUACGGUGAGGGAAAUGAAGUCACUGGAGAUCAUGGAGGUGCCUGUAUGGAGGAGCCGCAAUAUUUUUAUCCUGCGGUCAUCUUAACCCCACCUGACUGUCCUAUGAUUAUGACAAUUAGUCGGUCAAGCUCCCAAGAUGUUUGUCAUGCAUCCGAUUCAAUACCUCUCCCUUUGUUAGAUGAGCCCUGCCGAAUGGUACCCGAUGAUUUAUCAGACUGCUUCAGCUAUAGGAGCACCACUGCCUCUACAACCUCCGAAUGCACUUUUCCUACUUGUCUUCCAAAGAAUAAAAGAGGUGGGACCAGACGGAGACAUGGCAGAGUAGGACGAGCAGCGUUGCAGUUUUUGCGACAGUUUCCCUUUGCAGUACAUGCAGUUUUUAGCCUUCUGUGUGGCCGAACUUUGGUAGUACUAGGCAGCGAGGAGGCUGCAGUGAGGCGGAUGGUUACAGCACUGUCUGUGUACAUGCCACAUCUGAGUAGAUACAGAGACGGCAUUCAACCUUGGACUUCAACACCGCUGCAGCUAUCGGACCUGCUCAACUGGAAACUUAUCGGCUUUAACAGGAUGUGUUGUUAUACUUACACAAAUAUGCCUCACUGCCUGGGCCAUCACAGCCGAUACCUCAGUAUUCUAGAUGUGGAUCAAAAGACACUGCGCUGCCCAGUCUACAAUGGUACCCUUCUCAACCCGCUGGUGGAAUCAAGAAACCACUUUAAACGUGGAAACACCUACUUCAUGUUUGCUCAAAGUGUGCACAGCAAGCUUGUCACCACAGCAUUCCUUUUAACAUUUUCGCAUGGUUUCCAUACACCGAGAAGACCUCGGGAGAGUACAUGGACACAAUGUUUUCAUUCUGAAAUUCACAGAGACGAUAAGAAAAUCCUUAAUUAUUUAUCUGAACUCAUCAAGCUGCAUUUCAUGGAUGUUCCACCUAAUGUCCUCAGAUUCAGCUACACCACAAACUCUGUUUUCAAACUGUGAAAGUGUCAUUCACACGAACUAGGCAAUGAUUUGUGUUCUAUAGAGUAGUUUUGCUUAGCUUUUAUUGCCUUCAAAUGAAAAUUUGCUUUUGCCCAGCAAUAACAGUAUAUUUACAUUAUCCGCAUGCUAUAUUGUUCUGCUGUGGAAUAGAACUUUGUAUUUAACAUCCACCAGAUAUUGAUCAUAGGUCUGUAAAGGCACAUAAUAUUGCAAAAUACUGGUUAAUUCCUAAACGAAGGAAAACAAAAGCCUGGAAAAAGGGAGAAAAAAAAUCGUAUAAUCUAUGAAAACAUUAAAUCCCUCUGUAUGUACAUUAAAAGAAUUAGUUUUUAAAA